GUACCAGGUCAUAUUGCUCAUGUCAAAUGACAUGAGCGUUCUGAAGUAUGCCUAUUCCCAAGAUGAGGAUCACUUUGCCUUGGCUGCUUCUGGUGACCAACGCCUUAUCCGCAUAUUCCUACUACACCCACGAAUCGCAAAAUAGGGAGCCAGCACUUGGCCGAUUUGCUCGUGAUGAUGCCCCACCAGCAGCCGAUGCUCCACCAGCAGACCCUGCGGCAGGUGGACCCAAUUUAGACAGACUCAAAAUGCUACAAGAAAAACUCAAGGCUGGAAUGGCAGAAAAACAACUGACUGGACAGACUGACGAAAAUUCGAAGGCAGACGCUCUGGUGGCUUCGCUGGCUGCCCCCAUCGCGGAUGUGGGAGGGAAGAAGGACGACGACGAGGAGGAGAAACCUAAGGCCAAGAAGAAGAAGAAAAAGAAGAAGACGCCGACACCAGAUUCGGACGAGGAUGAAGCUCCGGCGGCACCGCCACCCCUACCGCCAGCCCAUCGCCAAGGGGGAGGGUUGGUGGGAGGCCUGCUGGGCGGACUCUUAGGAUGACCAUGACUAACUAGCGAAUUCUGAUAUGAUUCUUAUUCUCCACGUUGUAAAUUUCCACACACCGUAGUUGAGUUAGUUUUAAUUGGCUAUAAAUGGAUUAUUUAUGUACAUUGAUUGCGUUGCGGUGCCUUCACUUUCCACUUCUUUAAAAUAAAGGACU